AUAUGCAUCACUUUCACAACAUAAUCUCCUCUUUUCUUCCACUGUCACCACCACCCAAAGAUUUCAUCGUUCACUCUCUCACACUACACUACACUACACUACAACCACCCAUGGCUCCCAAGAAGGUUCUGCUAAUCUGCGGUGACUUCGUCGAAGACUCUGAAGCCAUGGUUCCGUUUCAGGCUUUGCAAGCUUUUGGUGUCACCGUCGACGCCGUCUGUCCCGGAAAGAAAUCUGGCGACGCCUGCCGCACCGCCGUCCACAUGCUUGCUCCUGGUGGCCAGACUUAUACUGAGACUCGUGGUCACAAUUUUACACUAAAUGCAACGUUUGAUGAAGUUGAUGCUGCGAUCUAUGAUGGGUUGUGGUUGCCGGGUGGAAGGGCGCCGGAGUAUCUUGCUCAUAUUCCUAGUGUUGUGGAACUGGUGGCCAAGUUUGUCAGUUCUGGGAAACAGAUUGCUAGCAUUUGUCAUGGACAGUUGAUUUUGGCUGCUGCUGGAGUAGUUGAAGGUCGCAAGGCCACGGCUUUUCCUGGUGUUAAACCGGUACUGCUUGCUGCUGGUGCUCAUUGGGUUGAACCUGAAACCUCGGCAACAACAGUGGUGCAUGAUAAUCUCAUUACUGCAUCUACUUAUGACGGGCACCCAGAAGUUAUUCAGAAUUUUGUGAAGGCGUUAGGAGGCAAAAUAAGUGGCUCCAAUAAAAUGAUCCUCUUCAUUUGUGGGGAUUACAUGGAAGACUAUGAGGUCAUGGUUCCUUUCCAGUCCCUUCAGGCUUUAGGAUGCCAUGUUGAUGCUGUUUGCCCCACAAAGAAGGCAGGUGACACGUGCCCAACUGCUGUUCACGAUUUUGAAGGAGAUCAAACUUACAGUGAGAAGCCAGGACAUAAUUUUACUUUAACUGCAACCUUUGAUGAAGUGAAUGUUUCAGGCUAUGAUGCCCUUGUCAUCCCCGGAGGCCGAUCACCUGAGUAUUUGGCGUUGAAUGAGUCAGUUAUUGCCAUGGUGAAGCAUUUCAUGGAAAGCAAUAAGCCAGUGGCAUCCAUUUGCCAUGGCCAACAAAUUUUAGCUGCUGCUGGUGUUCUCAAGGUAAACAGUAUGGCUGAGCAAUUAGGAGGCACAUGUCCUUCUGGUUUUCACUUUUUUAUCAGUGCUUUUGGAAAUAUAUAAUGUUAGUGAUUUGUCAUGUGAGUCUUGAUUUUUGUCUGUUCAGCAAAUUACAGUUUGAGAUUCAGCAGUUCAUGUACUGAAAAUGUGAUUUGAUUGUCCCUUUAUAUUCUCGUUUCCUUUUUCCUCCCUCUUUGCCACGAUUUGUGUUAUACUUGGUAUAUAGUUGUUUCUCAAUUUUGUUAUCCUGGAUUUUGUCCCUAUCUUCAUUAGAGUUGCUUGUUAUUUUGUGAUAUAUUGGAGGAGACAUGCACCAUGUGUGGUCUGAGAAUGUCAGAAGCUGCUUCUCAAACUUGCUUUCUAGCUAAUCUUGAUUUAAUAAAAUUUAUGCCGCCUGCUUCUGUGUGGUUUUAUCUCCUGGUAUACUUAGGAGUCUUCUGCUUUUGGCACACCUCGUUUGCUUGCUUGGACAAUUGGUUUGUAAUCCUUAAGUAAUGAUGUGAACCAAGGAUCUCAUCAAGUAUCUUCAUAAGAAAUAUAUAACUAAGCAUAAAGAAAUCAGAUAGCCCUGAAUAGAUGUCGACUAAAACAAAGACUCGAUAAAUUUCUUCUUUUGGUUCUCUUCAUUAUCCAUCUAUUAUGUAUUAAUCAAAUCUUUGGGCAUGGGUGUAUCCUCAUUUCUAGUAUAGUGCGUAAUGCCUUGUAAGGGUUGAUUAAUUCUUGUUCCUAUUUUGGCUUGAUGAUCUGUUAGAUUCUAUUGUUGUGACUUGUGACCAUAUAGAUGUGAUUAAGUAUGAGAGUUUUAGAUAACUCAAUAUUAAUUGCAUGUUGCCUGUUUAUAUUACUUUUCUUAAUUUUCCAAGAUGUCAUUUGUUGAUUGAUGGUUGGUAGAAAAACACAUGACAACAAUCAUUUAAUAUAUUGGAUAGUAAAUUUAAUACUUCUGUUAUUCCCAUUAUUUCAUUGAAUUGCUUGAAGUUAGCACUGAUAGUUUUUGAUUUGGCUUUGCUGGUUCUAAACUGUUUCCACGUGAUACAUUUUUAUUG